AUGGCAUCAACAAAUGAUAUUAAUCUGGAAAUUGAAUGGUUAAAAAAUGAAAUAAUACCGAAAUUAUUAAAAGAACGAAAACUUAUUGAAAAUAUUCAAGAUGAUAGGGAUGUGGAGAACUUUAACAUUUUGGAUAUACAAAUUGAUUUCAUCGGUACGCAAGAGGCUUUUAUGUUAACCAUAUGUUAUAGAUCCAAAGUGCGGUAUGAAUUCAAGGGAGACGAGUGUGAGGUGAAUUUAUUUGUGAAGAAAACCCCACCAUUACCUCAAGACCUAUUUGAUGCAAUCAAUUUCAAGGCCUUGUUUAGCAAUGAAAUACUCGGUUAUGAACAAAUUCUACCAGCCAUUGCCGAUUUUACCCAAGUUAAUCUGAAUGUGGCCAAAUUUUAUUAUGCCAAUUUGGAAAAGAAUUCAGCCACAUUGAUUACCGAAGAUUUUGGUAGUAACGGUUGGAGGGUGACCAAAGAACGGGUCAACCUUUCACUGGACCACACCCUGAUCGCUGUGAAAUAUUUAGCCAAAUUUCAUGCCGCUGGAUUUGCUUUGAGGACCGUAAAUAAAACAAAGUUCGAAGAACUCACAAAAGGUCUGUUGGAAUCACGUUACGCGUCUGACAUCGAACAUCAUCCUUUCGUAGUGAAAGUGACAACUGGUAAAGUACGUUCUCGCAAGGUGACUCGGAAAUAUCAGCCACACAUUCCUGAAGAAUUUCUACAGAAAUAUGAAGAGGUAUUAAGUAAUGCCCUUGAAUAUGGCAGACGUUUGGUAAAACCCGAGGAGCCGUUUGUUACUCUCUGUCAUGGUGAUUAUUUGAGAAAUAAUGUGGCCUAUAAAUAUCAAGGUGAAGAUAACGGUAAUCAAUGUCCCCAUGAUAUCAUGAUGUUUGAUUUGCAAACAUUACGAGUGGCAUCGCCCAUGAUUGAUUUAACCACAUUCUUGGGAUUAUCAACAUUUGCCGAGGUACGUCAUAAACAUUUCCGGGAAAUCUUUGAAACCUAUUCUCAGCAGCUAAAGGAGUAUUUUGAGGAAUUUGCAAAAAUGCCAGCACCGGAAUAUUUGAGUUUUGAUUCCCUAAUCAAGGAAUACAUCCGCUGUCUGCCCAAUGUGGUCUAUACAUCCUCUUGGUUUUUACCCGAUUUAGUUGAACCCAUGGACAUAUCCGCCGGUGAAAUGUUAACUCAAGAGAUUUCGGAUGAAGAGAUCAUUGAAGAUGCUAUGCGACGAGGUGGUGAGGUUAUGGAUCGUGAAUUGGCCCAUCAAAUGAAGGAAUUAUACGAACUUGCCACACAAUACAAAGUUGAUAUUUGCAUUUAA